AUGCCUCGCCCAGGCCGGAACACUUACAGCGACCAGAAACCACCCUACUCCUACAUCUCGCUGACGGCUAUGGCUAUCCAGAGCUCCCCGGAGAAGAUGUUACCACUCAGCGAGAUCUACAAGUUUAUCAUGGACCGCUUCCCUUAUUACCGGGAGAACACCCAGAGAUGGCAAAACUCUCUGCGCCACAACCUCUCCUUCAACGACUGCUUCAUUAAGAUCCCCCGGAGGCCCGACCAACCGGGCAAAGGCAGUUUCUGGGCCUUGCACCCGAACUGUGGCGACAUGUUCGAGAACGGCAGUUUCCUAAGGCGCCGCAAACGCUUCAAGGUUCUGAAGGCGGACCAUUUGGCUGUGGGUAAGCAACCAGACGCUGCUCACUACCUCCAGCAUCAAGCCAAGCUCCGGCUCAGCGCCUUGGCCGUCUCCGCCAGUCCCCUGGCCCAACUACCCGCGUACGGCAUGGCAGGAUCCCAGGGCAGCAGCUUCAAGCACCCAUUCGCCAUCGAGAACAUUAUCGCCCGGGAAUACAAGAACGUGAUGGCCAGCGGUCUGGCGUUCUCCGCCGUCCAGCCUCUGACCCCCGGUUACCCCAUGCCCCUCACCUCGGUAGGGGGAAGCCUAGGCACCGGUUGGCACCAUAUGUACAGCGCCAGUGUGAUGGACACAGCCGCCCCUGCGCCCCCACCUCCUCCCCCUCCACCACCCCCACCACCUCCCCCUCACCCCCCUCUCUCUGUCCCCGGGGGAUCCGCCGAUUAUAGCCCCUACGGCGUGCCCCUCAAGCCCAUGCCUCACGUCGGUCAGACCCUGCCGGCUAUCCCGGUGCCCAUCAAAGCCAGCCCGGGAGCCGUGAACGCUCUGUCCGGUCCCAUCUCGGCUCUCCUGUCCGGGGGCACGGUGGCGGCGGCUCUCAGCCCCGGAUCCCCGCAGCUAAGCAGCGGCCAUCGGAGCCCGAGCCCCGGGGAGGCACUCAGCGGCCCUGGGGCGGCUCUGCAGUCGGUGGCCGUGCACUGA